GAUACACCUGAGCCGUGCCUGGAGUGCAUUGGAAAUCCUGCCUUUGGCGGAAGGGGGCGGUUUGGGGGAGGUUUGUGCAGCCCUAGGGGACCGCGGGGCCCCGCAGCGCUGCCCGGGCAGCGUUCGGGGACCGCGGAGCCGGAACGGGGAGCCGGGGGAACAGGGGAGCCGGGCUGCGGCGCGGCCUCUGCCCCGGGAGCCCUUCUGGGGCGCCGGCAAUUCGCCUUUCUCUUCUUAACCUGCUUUCACGCAGCUCCCCCCUCUCUGGUUUUCGCUUUCUCACUCUCGCCCGCUCCCCUUCCCCUCCUUCCGAGCAUCUUUCCGCCGGCGGAGUCACAUGUUUGGGCUUUGGUGCCUUUAAUCCCACCCUCACCGCCCGAGAGGGAGGAGAAAAAUUUGCGGGAGAGAAGUGAGCAACAAGCGGAGUGUCACGAUAAGGCAGACAGCGGACCUGCAUGGACGCCCCCUGCCCUCCCGGCCGCGGAGGCUGCGGGACCCCCCCCGAGGCGCGGGGCGAGGCUGCCCUGCGGGAAAGGGCUUGGGCAAAUUGUGCACGUUUGGCAGCCACUGCCCCUUGCAAUCCAGGGAGGAUACAUCACAAGUGAAGGAAUGAGGGCAUGAAUAGAGCACGGGUGCCCUCCUUCUGCAGGAGCCAUGUUACACCAAGCCUGGCAGCUCUAUGGGAGGUGGUGCCGUUGGUCCAGUCCUUUUGUCCAUCUCCUCACACUGACUGUGGUGACGUUCGGUGUGCUCACACCUUUGAUUUGCCACCGGCUCCUCCACUCUUACUUCUAUUUGCGGCAUUGGCACCUGAACCCCAUGAGCCAGGAAUUCCUGGAGCAGAACCAGCAGGAGGGCCAGGCUGCCCUCCAUUACUUUGAGCAGCUGCAGGUACCAAACGCCUCCGAGGCCGCUGGCAGUGAUGCCUUCCAGCCCUUGCUGCUGGUCACCAUUAUCACUGUGCAGAGGCGGAGUGAUUUCCACUAUGUCUUGCAAGUGGCCUCCCGUUUCCACCGCCUUCUCCAGAAAUGUGGUGCACGCUGCUGGAGCCACCGUAUCCUCCUCUGUAAUGUGGAGUCAGAUCCCAGUAGCCAUCAGGAUGUCAAGCUGCUGAGCAGCUUCUUUCCUAUGGUCAGUCGUGAUAGAACUGGGGAGAACCCUGACCCCAGAGUGAACCAGUUUGAGAAGGAGAAGCAGGACUAUGUCUUCUGCCUUGAGCAGUCACUGUUGGCAUACAACCCAGAAUACAUCCUCAUAGUGGAAGAUGAUGCUGUGCCAGAGGAGGAGAUAUUUGCUGUCUUGCAGCACCUCCUGUUGGCCCGGUUAUCCAAACCAUACCUCAGAGAUGCACUCUACUUCAAGCUUUACCAUCCCGAGAGGCUUCAGCACUACUUCAACCCCGAACCCAUGAGAAUCCUCGAGUGGCUAGGUCUAGGCAUGUUUCUGGGGCCCGUGCUGAACUGUGUGUACUCCUGGGCGACUGGGCGCCCCAGCCUCAGCUGGCCCAUUGUCUUGUUCUUUGCUUUGUACAGUAUGGCUUUGUCAGAGCUGGUGGGACGGCAUUACAUACUGGAGCUGCGCCGGCUGGCCCCCACCCUAUAUAAUAUCAUGCCGGUCACCGAGUGCUGCACGCCUGCCAUGCUUUUCUCCGCUCCUUCUGCCCGCCGUGCCUUAGGUUACCUGAAGGGGCUGCACUGCCGUCAGGGUUUUGCUAAGGAUAUUGCCCUCUACUCGCUGCUGCGCACUAAGGGGGAGAAUGCCUACGUGGUGGAACCCAACCUAGUCCGGCAUGUGGGAAUGUAUUCCAGCCUUCGGCUGAACGACAACCCGAAGCUGCUGUGAUCUGUUCAUGCCUUUCCAGACUCAAAGCCCACAGAAUUUGCCUCUGGGCAGAGAGACAGUGUGCAAACUCAGAUGUUGUGCUGCUCACACUGGUUAUCCUGUGCCUCCAGGUGGAAAAAGAGUAACUCUCUUAAAAAGAAAAAAAGUUUCUUAAAAAAUAAAUUUAUGUUCAUGCAGACCUUAUUUAAUAUGUACUUGGAACUAAUCACCAUGCACCCAUUGCGAUGGGGGACUGGAGGAUUCCAGUUGAGGGUUGUGGAUUAUCCACUCUCCUUAAUCAUUCUUAGGGAAAAAGCACUCACACCAAAAUAAACAGCUAUACUGCCUGCUCUGCUUUACAUUGCUUACAGAAAUCCUUACCUUAGGGCAACAGAAAUGUUGGACAAACUGAAUGUUUCAAAAUUAAGCUACUGAGGAGAAAACCCCUUAUUUUCCCAUUCUUAAUAAGAUCUGAUCUCUGACCUCUGUUUCGAAGUUGUGGUUUUGAGCAGAUCUUUCAAAAGCAACAGUGGUUUAUGUGAACAUUCCCACAAAUUUCGCCUAGAUUCCCCAAAUUUUACAAAGCCUCUAUUUGUUACUGUCUCCCCCUACAAAUCCUAGCUGCAUCUCCACCCUUCCCACUCCUUUUUCUUGGAACAGAGGCUCUUAAAGCCUCUGCUGCUUUGUUAAAGGUCACCUCUGAAGGUAGGAAUAAGAAAACAGAGUAACAGCCAUUAACAGAAUACCAGAUGUGACACAGACAGCUCACAAAUGCAUGUUUUCAUUGCUAAAUUAUAGCCAUUAUAAACAAUAUAGGAUGACUACUGCGUUGGUUGUUAUCGUCACUUGUAGUGGAUCCAGGUCGUUAAAAGAGGCCCUAUCAAUUGCAGACUGGACUUAGACAUGCAACAUGAAUUUAUCUUGACUUCCUAUCAGCACAGAGGCAACAGAAAAAUUAGAUCAGGUGCUGCUAUUGUGCGGGAUCCUUGUUUCAUUUUGGAGCUGUGGUUCACAGCUCAGCCUGAGUGGUUCGUUCACUGCUCCUGGCAGCAGGCAAAAUAUCCAUGGGAAACAGCUAGCUGUUCAUAGACACAAGCAACAACAGCACAACGCAUCAAGGGGCCGCUCUGAUACUGACCCACUAACUAAAUGUGCUCUGGUGGUUAAGCAUUUGGGAGAGGAACUUUGUACCACAGCUGUGGGCGCAGUUAAAUAUAAAACCAUGCAGAUGACAGAGAUCACAUACAGAAUCAAAACGGGCACCAAAAUGUUUAUGUCUAAUGAAAAGCCCACCUGGACUUUAGUGGGCUUUAAAUCAAAUUCACUUAGACGUGGAGUUUGGUUGAACUGUAUUUGAAACCAUAUUCCUAGCUUUGGAAUGAACUAAGUACAGUAUCUGUGUCGAGUUUUGGUCAGUGGGGAUUUAGGUUUUUGGUUUGGGUGAAGGAAGAGCUAUAAUUGUCUCUCCCAAGUGAUUUAUGCCUUAAGCUCUUAACAAGUCUGGCUGUGGAUGUGAAAGACAUAAAACUCCUGAGAAAGGAAACCAAAGAAAAGUUCCAAACCUCUGGUUGUCAGUGGGUGACGGUAUCAAUUACACAACACACAUGCCUAAUUCAAGUUAGCCAAUUAGAAAUGGCUUCACAACACAGCGCAGUGCUUUGCGCUCUUAGUAAUCAGCUGGAAUACUUCUGUAACACCUUUGAAAAUCAGAUGUGAGUAAAAACUGCUUGUGUAUCUCACAUCACUCUGAAGGCAAAACACCUUUGUCAGAGGACAAAGGAAAAAUUGCACAGGCAGAACCCGUUUAUUCCCAGCUGCUGAAAAUCCCAAAGAUACCAGAGUGGUCGCACUGUGGCAGCGGGGCAAACCUAUUCUCAGGCUUUACUAUGAUAUGGUUAAGAUGGCAGGAUUUGGGUGUCAUUGUAUAUUUACUCCACUAAGUGCCUGCGUGUGUGAGGAAAUACAGCUUGUGUGUUUAUGCAUCUUCAGCUGUGAAUGUUUCCGUGCGGUGUGCUUUCUCUUCACUCUUUUUCUAUCUUCGUACUAUACAAAUCCAGGACAAUGGAGGGUCCAUUCAUACUCAUUCUUGCAAAGGAAAUCUCACAGCAAGGUACAAUAAAUGGGACAGGGAAAGGAAGAAGAAAGGAAAAGGUAGAAAGAAACCUUAGAAAAGAAACCAGCUAACGAUAUGCAGUUAAUAAAUGUUUUGCUGUGGGAAAUGAUUUAUCUGUUUGUCUCUAAAGUUAUUUUUCUUGUUUGCUCAGUAGUACUUUAUUUGUCAUCCCAGAAGUCCGGGGGAAGUCAAUAAUUUCAGUGAGCUUCGUAGCUGAAAAUUAAAAACAUGAAUUUGCAGCAUCCCUUCUAAACUAGAAGACAAUUUUCAGGGCAUAAGGAGUGAGGGAAAUUGACCGGGACACCAAACAACACUCAGAGGGCCUACAGCUUGAACCCGACUAUGAGAGAGUUUCAGAUAAACCCGUUGAGAACAAACUCCUUUGUGCAAGGAGCAGGUUAAUAAAUUCUUCAUGUCCUUCUGGAAUAAUUUCCUUAAAUGCCCAAUUCACCUUUACAACAGGGGUGCUUCUUGCACUGAGCCUGCUGGGGCUGUUUCUGAAUUUCUCAGGUACUUGCUCAGUGCCCACCAUGCCAAUGUGGGGUCUCAGGUGAGUGUUCCUUCUGCGGCCACCUCUGAACUUUCACAAGCAGAUUGAUUUUUCUUUCUGUUUUCUGUGCCACGUUUUAUUAGAAAUGACAAGUCACAGAAGUGUACUUUGCCCUUGGAACAGAAAAUGGGAGGUUACUGUGAGUUCUUAAGUCCUGUUGGAUUUUGUUCCGCAAUUUGAGCUAAAAACAUAGUCUCAAACACACAAGCCUUUUCCGUCUAUCAGGGGAAUGGAGCUGAGUUGCUGUAUCUCAGGCUACGUAAGUUUAAGGCCUAACAUUAAAUCCUUGAAACGUAGACUUAAGAGUUUGGUUUUACUCACAUUAAAACAAACUUCAUGACUAUUUUUGAAAUGAACAAUACAGAUUUUCUUGGGUGUUGCUUCAUUCCCAGUAGUUUGGAGAUUAUUUUUUAAUGCAGCAACUACUGCUUGCACAAGAGGAUUCUUUCUUGACAAGCCAGACAGCAGGACUCAAGGCAUUACUGUCCAAGAAAAUUCAGGGGAAGUUAUUAAACUAAACAAAAAUUACCUUUGUUUCCAAGGCAUGUCCAACAUAAGCAUGAUUCCGUCAGGAUACAAAACAUGAAUUCAUCGGUCUCUAUUAUAUUAGAAGCCAAAGAGGAUUUUCUAACUACCGCUGUAGUAGUUUUCUACAUGUUUUCUGGCAGUUUUCUAGUUAGCAUUUCUAACUACAAUCAAUGUUUUAGUGAGAAGGCACUGCGUUUGAAGAGAGAACGAGAAAGCCUUCCUCUCAGUUGUGAGGAGCUGUGAGUCGCCAGACUGGGUAUUUCAACAGCAAUUCGGCUGGAUGCAGGGUGAAUAACUUUUUUUCUAAAGAUAUUUACAAGCAAACUUUCUACCAAAUAAAAAACCCUUUCUAUUAAAACUCUAUUGUCUCUUCCUCCUGUAUGCCACUGUUUUUUUUCAUGACUAGCAGAUCCAUCUCUUUUCUUACUAUAUUUGACUAAGAGACUUCGGUAUUUAUGCAUCUGCAUGCAUCUGCAUGGAUGUAAUAAUUUGGAUCCUACAACAAUUCAGGUUGAAAAGGACCUCUGAAGGUCCCUGGUCCUAAAUUCCCCACUCAAAGCAUGUCUUAUUAGACCGCAUUGCUCAGGCCCUUCUCCAAUCAAGUACUGAGGCAU